AUGACUAGAUCCUAUAGCAAGGAAUUGUUUGAAUUUGAUCCUGAGAUUGAGAGGACUUUUCAUCAAAGAAGGAGGGCUCAAGCUAGCAAUCUUAUAGAAAGUGAUUCUUCUGUUAAGUUAACUACUGAUUCCUCUAAUUCUCCUUACUCUUCUCAUGUUGACAGUAGCAUGGCUAAUCCUGCUAGGACUAUCAAGGAAUUGGUUUCACCUGAUCUGCAUUUUCAAAAUUGGUGCAUUAAUUAUCCUGAUAUUGACACUGAUUUUGAGUUAAAGUCUGGAUUGAUUCACUUACUUCCAAAAUUUAAUGGUCUUGCAAGCGAGGAUCUAUACAAUCACUUGAAGACUUUUCAUAUGAUCUGUACUGCUAUGAAGCCUUCUGGUGUGUCUGAGGAUCAGAUUAAGAUGCGUGCCUUCCCAUUUUCUUUGGAAAGUUCUGCAAAGAAUUGGCUUCUUCGCUUACCUCCUAGAUUCAUUACUUCAUGGGACCAGCUGAAAAGGUUGUUUUUGGAAAAGUAUUUCCCAGCAUCUCGUACUUCCUCCAUCAGGAAGGAUAUUUGUGGUUGCCGACAAAUGUCUUGGGAAUCCUUAUAUGAGUAUUACGAGCGCUUUAAGGCAUUGUUAUCCAGUUGUCCUCACCACCAAAUUUCAGAUACAUUGUUGAUUCAUUAUUUUCAUGAAGGGCUCUUGCCCCUUGAGAGAGAUUUACUAGAUUCUGCUUCUGGAGGUGCUCUUCUUGACUUGACUGUUGAAGCUGCUUGGAGAUUGAUUGAAAAGAAAGCUGAAAAUACCCAACAGUUUGGUACUAGGCAGCAAGCUAGAGUAAAUGAAGUUGGAUUGCAUUCAUCGUAUUCUGAGUCUCGCCUUGAGAGUAAAAUUGAUAAGUUAACAUCUGCUAUGGAGAAAAUGGUUGUAUUUCAAAUGAAAAACUCCCAAAAUAUGGCUCCUUCUGUGGGAUCUCCCUCUGCUUUCAUCCCACAAGCUGACUCUACAGCUCUAAUUGGGCCACUUUGCUCUAUUUGCUCUCUAGCUACUCACACCACUGACUCUUGCCCCUACCUAAAUGAUGGAGUUGACUCAUGUAAUGCAGUAUACCACACUAAGCCUAUGACUCAAGGUGGCCAGAAAUAUGAUCCUUACUCAAAUACAUACAACCCUGGAUGGCGUGACCAUCCAAAUCUCAUAUAUGGGAGUGGCCAGCCUCAACAAUCACAGUUCAAUCAAGGCAUAAACUCUUCUGGUGGUAAAAUGUUCCAACAAGUUAGGCAAACUAUGCCCAAUCAAGAUGAGAGUUCAAAGUUAGAAGGCAUGAUGAAAAUCCUGAUGGAUAAUUUUGAACAAAAGGAUUUGCAACAUAGCCAAGAAAUUCAGAAUCUUCAAACUCAAAUUGGGCAGUUAUCUAAUGCAUUUAGUAACAUGCAAAGUCAAGGCUCAGGGAAGUUGCCAUCUCAAGUAGUAGUUAACCCUAAUGUUGGCACCCAGCAGAAUCCUAACAUCGGUGGAAUUAAUGCUAUAUCUCUUAGAAGCGGAAAUUCAAUUACCUCUGCAGGUCCUGUCACUACCCAUGCUUCAACGAACAAGGAAGCUAUCAUUGAAGAUUCUCCCCCUGCUUCCACAUCGCAUAAUAAGUCCACUUUAUCAACACCACAUGUGGCAUUGCAAGAAGAGCAAGAGAAAGAUGGGGAAGGGAAGAAAGUGAGCGAGCAAGUCUUACCUUUUCCUACAGGGGUGAUUAAGGCUGAAAGGAGAAAGAAAGAAGCUGAGAUGUUCAAAGAGGUUUAUGAUAUCUUCAAAAAGGUGGUGAUCAAUGUUCCAUUGGUUGAUCUGGUUGCACAAGUGCCUAAGUAUGCGAAGUUUUUGAAGGAGUUGUGUACCACCAAGAGAAGGCUUAAGCAUGAUGGCAAAGUUGACUUAGGGGCAGUUGUCUCCUCUCUUUAUUGUCCUCUUAAAUGA